AUGUCCGACAAGACGAGGCAGUCGUCUGGUGGUCGCUCCAUCUUUUCCCGGAACAAGAAUAAGGAUAAGCGCAACACCGAUAAUGAUUCCUACGAUGCCCUUAGUACCUUGAGCUCCCGCUCAUCUAGGCACACCCGCGACUCCUCGGCAAUCUCUUUCGAUGGACUCGCCUCCCCCGACCCCAGCAUGGGCAUGAUGCCCGGCGCCAUCACCUCGAUCCCGUACGAUGCCACCGCUCCCGGCUCCCGUUCGCCUAUACCCGUCGACUACCUCCCCAAAGCUGACCAAGUUCCCGUCCGUAGAGAACCUUUGCCUCAUCAGCUGAACAAGGGUCAUGACUUUCAUCAGUAUCCAACAUUUGACCCCUCGGUCGCCAACGCGGCUUCGCACGCCUCCAGAUUGGGCCCCCCCGCAACCAACGUCACCAUGGCCAGCACUGGUAGGAACACGCAGUAUCAGCUUUGGGGUCCUUCUCGUGGCAGUAUGGCUAGCACUAUUAACGGAUCUCACACAUCCCGAUACGAUUCGCUUCUUUCUCCCAACAAUCGUGUUUCUGACGCCAGCGUCUACUCCAUCCAACCGAGCGCAUCAUCGACUAGCUCCUACGGCAUACCUCAUCGCGAAUCUCAUCGUCUUACCAAAUUCCCCGGGCCCGGCGCACACGAUACCUUUCACUUCCCAAAGCCCGACGACGUGAAUGUCAUUGAACAAAUGUUUGCACACCUCAUGCACAGACGAGGUUGGCACAACCUGCCUGAUCAGGCCAGACGACAAAUGAUGGCCUACAAGCCCGACAAGAAGUGGACUCUGCUACACCAGGACAGAUUAGGCGAGUGGCAGGACGAGCAGAAGCGUCGCAUGACCGCUCGUGUCAGUCAAUUUGCUCAGCCAGAUGUCACCACCUACUCUGAUGAAGAGGGCACACCUGAAUGGUACGUACGAAGAGUUAUGGAAGACAAACUCGACGGCAAGGGUAUGGGCAGUUUGGAAGUCAACCUACGCACGCAGCAGAUCGGCUGGGUGCGUCGCUUCGUCGAGUGCCAAGGACAAGUUGCGCUCGUCACUUUGCUCCUCAAGAUUAGUCGCAAGAUUGCCAAUGCGCCGGCAAGUGAGAGUUCCAAGGUUGAAAAAGGCCUUGACCGCGAAUACGACAUCAUCAAGUGUCUCAAGACACUCAUGAACAACAAAUUCGGCGCCGACGACGCAUUGAUGCAGCAAAAGGUGCUUCUAGCACUCGGUACCUCGCUUGUCUCGCCUCGCUUGACCACCCGAAAGCUUGUCUCCGAAAUUCUCACGUUCCUAUGUACAUGGGGUGACAAUGGCGAGGGUCACUACAAGGUUAUCCAAGCUCUUGACGAGGUCAAGGCCCAGAGCGGCGCCAAUGGACGAUUUGACGACUGGAUGCAGCUCGUUGAAGCGACUGUCGAUGGCCGUGGCAAGAUGGGUAGCAUGGUUGGUGCAAGCGAUGAUAUUCGUACUGGUGGUGUCGGCAUGGAGAACCUGCUGAUGGAGUACUCUGUUGCGUCCAUCAUCUUGGUCAACAUGAUGGUCGACGCCCCAGAAAAGGACUUGCAAUUGCGAGUACACAUCCGCGCCCAGUUUACAGCAUGUGGCAUCAAACGCAUCUUGAGCAAGAUGGAGGCUUUCCAAUAUGAGCUCCUGGAUAAGCAGAUUGAGCGUUUCCGCACCAACGAGGCCAUUGACUACGAGGAUAUGCUUGAGCGUGAAAACAGCAGCAUCAAGGACAGCAUUGAAGGCGAGGUCAAAGAUCUCUCCGACCCUGUACAGAUUGCGGACGCCAUCCAGCAACGCCUUCAAGGCAGUCGGACCAACGACUACUUUGUGUCAGCUCUCCAGCAUUUGCUUCUAAUGCGCGCCAACGAUGGGGAGGAGCGCUUACGCAUGUUCCAGCUCGUGGACGCUAUGCUUAGCUAUGUCGCCAUGGACAGGAGACUUCCCAACAUGGAUCUGAAGCAGAGUCUCAACUUUACUGUUCAAAGUUUGCUCGACAAGCUACACACUGAUUCAGAGGCCCGGCAAGCUCAAGAUGAGGCCCUGGAAUCGCGUCAGAUCGCCGAGGCGGCCAUGGCUGAGCGUGACGAAAUGCGCUCGCAAUUAGCACUCGGCGCAGACGGCCUUGUCGCCAAGCUUCAGAAGCAACUCGACGAGCAGGGUAGGUUUAUCGAUGCUCAGCGACGACAGGCAGAAGGCUUGAAGGCCGAGCUAGACAGUGUACAAACACUGCGCGCAAAAGAAGCCCAGCGGAACGAGCUUGAGACCAGAGAACUGUACCUCAUGCUGCGUGAUGCCCAGGAUAUUGCCGCUUCCAACGCCGCCAAGGGUGCUGCUCUCAAUUCUCCCAUGGGCGCAUCUAACGGUACUAGCCCCGAACAGAUGCAGGGCAUCCUUGACCGUGAACGUCUCAUGGAGCGCCUGCAGAUGCAGCUUGAGCGGCAAAAGACGCAAUACAAGCUUGAAGGCAGAGUAUGGGGUGAGGCUGCCGGGCCUUCUGACCGACUUCGCGCUCUACGUGAAGAGAUGGAAGAUGAUGAAGCCGACGCAGCUUCUGCCGCUGCGCCUCGGGACUUGACCAACAGCGUUCUCGGCAGCAUCCAUCGGCAAACUCGUAUUCCUCGCAAGCCUGUCAACACAAACGGCGAGGUCUCUGAUAAGGAGACUAUUGAAGAGGCUUCGGAGAUGGAAGAGGAAGACGGUGUUGUGUACGAGCGCCCCAGAAUAGUCGAGUUCAAGCGGCCUGUUAUUGAUGCCAAGCAACAAGCCGUUCUUGUUGACGAGCUCGGGUCUAAAGUUAAAAAGUAUGAUGGAAGCGAUGAAGAGGAUGACGGUGUCACUACCGGGCCUUCGCAUCCUAGCAUGGAUUCAUCUGCGCCGCUGACUCCCGCCGAUACGGACACCCUAAAGACUGGUUCUACAACUGCAGUUACACCGGCUGGUGCCGCUCCCCCCCCUCCUCCGCCGCCUCCGCCUCCUAUGCCUGGUCAGCUUGCCGGACCACCCCCUCCGCCGCCUCCACCGCCACCACCCAUGCCACAACAGAUUCCCGGAGCACCGCCGCCACCUCCCAUGCCCGGCCAGAUCCCCGGCGCACCUCCACCUCCACCACCUCCCCCGCCUAUGCCUGGCAUGAGAUUGCCUGCCAUAGGAACGGAUGGCACAUCUAUGCCUCCUCCGCCGCCGCCGAUGCCUGGUCCCAAGACUGGCGGCUUCCUACCCCAGCCUACGUACAGUGCUACACCUAGCGUUGGCCUGCCUGUCGCGAGGCCCAAGAAGAAGCUCAAGGCUCUUCACUGGGAAAAGGUCGAUGCACCCGAGACAAGUCAUUGGGCGGCCCACACACCAUCAGCAGAGGCACGCGAAGAAAAGUAUAUUGAACUUAGUAGGAAGGGUAUCUUGGACGAAGUUGAGAAGCUAUUUAUGGCGAAGGAGAUUAAGAAGAUUGGGGCUGCUACCGGGCGCAAAGAUGACAAGAAGCAAAUCAUCUCGGCAGACUUGCGCAAAGCAUACGAAAUUGCUUUGGCCAAGUUCUCGCAGCAUUCUGUGGAGAAGAUUGUGCAAAUGAUUAUUCACUGUGAUGUUGAGGUGCUCGAUAACGUUGUUGUCAUGGACUUUUUGCAAAAGGACGACCUUUGCAACAUUCCCGACAACACAUCCAAGCAGAUGGCUCCUUACAGCCGAGAUCUUACCGGACCGGAUGCUGCCACUCAGGCAAGAGAAUUGGACCCAGCAGAUUUGACGAGGCAAGACCAAAUCUACUUGUAUACUGCUUUCGAACUACACCACUACUGGAAGAGCAGAAUGCGUGCCUUGGCACUGACAAGGAGCUUCGAGGCGGAGUAUGAGGAAAUUUACGCCAAGAUGCACCAGGUUAUCAGUGUAUCCGAGUCCCUUCGUGACUCGGUAUCACUGAUGAAUGUCCUGGGUCUCAUUCUGGAUAUCGGCAAUUACAUGAACGACGCCAAUAAGCAAGCUCGUGGCUUCAAGCUGAGCUCGCUCUCGCGGCUUGGUAUGGUCAAGGAUGACAAGAACGAGUCUUCGCUUGCCGACUUGGUCGAGCGCAUCGUUCGUAGCCAGUACCCGGCGUGGGAGAACUUUGCUUCUGAGAUUGGUGGCGUCAUUCCUGCACAAAAGAUGAAUGUCGAACAACUCGAGACUGAUGCCAAGAAGUACAUUAGCAAUAUUCGCAAUGUCCAAACGUCUCUCGACUCUGGCAACCUCAGCGACCCCAAGAAAUUCCAUCCUGAAGAUCGCGUCAGCUUGAUUGUGCAGCGCUGCAUGAAGGAGGCCCGUCGCAAGGCUGAGCAGAUGCAGCUUUACUUGGACGAAAUGAUUCGUACAUUCAAGGACAUAAUGAUUUUCUACGGCGAAGACCCAGCCGAUGAGAACGCCAGACGGGAUUUCUUUCCCAAGCUUGCUAACUUUUUGUCUGAAUGGAAGAAGUCGCGAGAGAAGAACAUUCAACUGGAAGAAACGCGCAAACGCAACGAGGCUUCAAUGAAGCGAAAGCACGCUGCGCAAAAGGCCGCACUGGCCGCCAGCGAACCAGGCUCAGCCUCUGCCACCAGCACUGGCGCGAUGGACUCGCUGCUUGAGAAACUCCGGGCAGCAGCGCCGCAGGCUCGGGAUCAGAGAGACCGACGGCGGCGGGCUCGUCUCAAGGAUCGCCAUCAAGUGCGCGUGGCGUCUGGGCAAAAGAUUCCCGAUCUUAACGAGAUACCGGAGGUGGAGGUUGGGCUGAAGACGUCGGAACAGACGAUUGAAGAGGAGGAAGGCAUGACAGCCAGCACAACCGGCCCAGCCGGUCUCGCCAGCCCGGACCGAACACAGUCUCGCGAGGGCGAUGAUGACGUCGCUGACCGAGCAGCCGCCCUCUUGCAGGGCAUGCGUGGCGGGGACGCCGAGGACAGCGAGAAACGCGAGAGCCUUCGCAAGGCAAGAAGGCAAACGGCCGAAGAUGAGAGACGGAUGCGCCGCCGUCGCCGUGAGAAGGCUUCGGUCAGCAACGCUGAGGAUGUCGGUAGACCCGCCGACAUGGCAGAGGAAGAUACGUCGGCUGCCGGCCAGGAUGAGUCGGUGCAGGUAUCUGCUCCGGGUCCGUCAGAAAAUGGGGAAGCAGGAGAAGAAGGCAAAUCAUAA